ACUUGCUUGCCCAAGUCCGACACCUCGAGGCUGCCUCUUGAGACAUUCUUCUCCGCUCUGAGCAACGAGAGCAGCAGCAGAGGGGACGAAGAGCAAGGGAAGCGAAGCGAAGCGAAGAGCAAGGGAAAGGGACGACGACAACACGAGAGACGAGCAGAGAAGCGAGGUCAGAAAGUGGGAGAUCGGGCGCGCCUGAUUUCGUGUCGAGAUGACUUCGAUGGAGGAGGAUUCGUCUCUCGAGUCGGCUCCUUACGACGAUCAAUUGGACGAGGAUAUCGAGGAGAAGAGGGUCUGGGCUCUCAAGGAAGGUAGGCUGGACGGGGCCAUAGAGGCACUUUUGGACAUCGAGAAGCAGCUGCGUCUUUCCGCAAAUGUUGUGGGAACACGGAGAUUAGUUGUUGCAAUCAUUCAACUGUGUUAUGAUGCCCGUGCGUGGAAAACCCUCAACGAGCAGAUUAUUUUGCUCUCCAAGAGACGAGCGCAGCUCAAACAAGCUGUAACAGCCAUGGUGCAGCAGGCGAUGCUGUACAUUGACCAAGCCCCCGACUUGGACACGAGAGUGGAGCUUAUUAAGACUUUAAAUUCUGUUACUGUGGGAAAGAUAUAUGUUGAAAUCGAGAGAGCUCGUUUGAUCAAAAAGCUCGCCAAGAUCAAGGAGGAGCAAGGGUUUGUAGCUGAAGCUGCAGAACUCAUGCAGGAAGUACCUGUCGAGACAUUUGGAGCUAUGUCCAAGACAGAGAAAAUAGCCUUCAUACUUGAGCAGGUGCGCUUGUGUCUCGAUCGCAAGGACUACAUGAGGGCUCAGAUUCUAUCGAGAAAGAUUAGCCCCCGUUCGUUUGUCAUCUCCGUGGGAAAGGACAAAAAGAAGCCUAAAGAGGGAGACAAUGUUGUUGUAGAGCCCCCUCCAGAUAUUCCUUCACUUCUUGAACUGAAGCGCAUUUAUUAUGAUUUGAUGAUUCGGUACCAUCUUCAUAGUCAUGACUAUUUGGAAAUUUGUCGGAGUUAUCAAGCGAUCUAUGAUACUCCAUCAGUGAAAGAAGACCCUUCGAAUUGGAUGCCUGUCUUAAGGAAAAUCUGCUGGUAUUUGGUGUUAGCACCUUACGACAGCAUGCAAUCAAGUCUGAUGAAUAGCAAUUUGGAGGACAAGAAAUUGUCUGAGCUUCCCAAGUUUCGCACCCUGUUGAAGAGCUUUGUGACUAUGGAGGUCAUUAGAUGGGUACCGUUCUGGAAAGACUUCGAGAGCGAUUUUCAGGAAGAAGCCAAGUUGCCAGGAGGACCUCUUGGGGAGAAGGCUGCAGAGGAUCUGCGUCAACGUGUGAUUGAACAUAAUAUAUUGGUCGUAUCGAAAUACUACGCAAGAAUCACGUUGCAGCGCCUCUCUGAACUUCUCAGCCUAUCUCUACCAGAAACUGAGAAGCAUUUGGCUGAGAUGGUUGUAUCGAAGGCACUCAUAGCCAAGGUGGAUAGGCCAGCAGGAGUCGUAUGUUUCCAGAAUCAAAAGGAUAGUAAUGAGGUGUUAAACUCAUGGGCUGUAAACAUAGAGAAAUUGUUAGAGUUAGUCGAGAAGAGUUGUCACCAGAUCCACAAAGAAACCAUGGUUCACAAAGUCACUCUUAAAGUUCAGUGAUGAACUUUAAUGAAAGGAAUCAUCGGUAUACAACGUUUGGUCAUCUUUGUACUGAUCAGGAGUUUGGAAUCUUUGGUCUUCUCAUUUUCGAAGGAACUCAAUUUUUGUUUGUCAGACACAUUCGUGACUCGAGAACAGCGUUUAGUCCUUGCAAUAAAUUGUUCAUAUUGCCCACAUCGAGGUAGUGAGAGCUUGAUGAAGAGAUACUUGCACUACCAUGAGGCAUUUUGUAAGUGGUGGGAUUCGAACUGUACCCGCUGACGGAUCACUACAACAAUGAACUGCGUCCUUCAGGAUGAAGCCUUCACACUUCUUUAAGUACACACUGGAUGUAGCCUCCAGUUAUGUAUCUUUUCACAUCUUCCAAACUUACUCUGCGCUUGUCCCACGUACUCCGUGGCUCCAGCAGAGCCAGCGCCCUUUCCCACUGGUCAAGGAGAAAUAAAGAAAAGAGCAGCAUAUGCAGUUUCUA